CCCUCUUGUCGUGUGUGUACUGGACGCGGUGCCGAGAAAUAUUUUUUUUCCGUUCAAGUUCCUUAGGUACAGCUGACAUUUUCCAAUCGGCUGGUGAUUAGUUUUAAGUGUACAGCUUGAGGUCGAAAACUCUUCAUUGAUAUCAACGGACAAGGCCGGCUAGAUGCGAAAAACACGAUCCCAAACGCAAGCAGAAAAUGCUACCACAACGACCGGACCGAGUCCGCCAUCUCGCGCGGAAUUUAAUGAAGUGCGGAACAUGGUAAUGUGUUUUCGUGUUUUUAAUCUUCAGCGAAUACUCACACAACUGAAUGCGUUUAGUCAAGCUCGCAAAAGUGAGUUACAGAUGCGCGUUAUUGAACUGCUAGAACGGAAUUUUCACGAAGUAGCCCCGAAAAUUCGAGAAAUCUAUAAAUCGUGUUCAAGCGAAGAUCGCAAUUCACCGUCUGAUUUUGGUGCACCUGAUCCAAAGAGAAUGUAUCAACCGCAGUUGCAAUUGCCGGUUCAACCCACCACACCUCUCGUCCCCAAUCAGAUGGUUAUACCAUUUCCCGGGGGAAUACAACCUAAUUUUCCAAUACAUCCCGAUGUCAGACUGAAAAAGUUAGCUUUCUAUGACAUUUUAGCCACAUUAAUACAACCCAAAUCAUUAGUACCUACAAAUACACAAAGAGUACAAGAGUCCGUACAUCAUUUCACAUUGACACCGCAGCAGGCGACGGACAUUGCUAGCAAUCGCGAUAUACGCAAUGGAUCGAAAAUUGAGCAUACAAUUCAGGUUCAGUUGAGAUUCUGCCUGUUGGAGACAUCGUGCGAACAGGAUGAUUGCUUCCCGCCGAGUAUUAUAGUUAAAGUUAAUAAUAAGCUGUGUCCCUUACCGAAUCCUAUUCCAACAAAUCGACCAAAUGUGGAGCCAAAACGGCCCCCACGGCCUGUGAAUGUUACCAGCAAUGUGAAACUAUCACCGACAGUCUCAAACAGCGUAUCGGUGCAAUGGUGUCCUGAUUUCACACGUGGCUAUGUUCUUGCGGCGUAUCUAGUUCGGAAAUUAACCUCUCAAGAGUUACUGCGUCGAAUGAAGGCGAAAGGCAUCAAACCCGCAGACUAUACGAGAGCGUUAAUUAAGGAAAAACUGAAUGAGGAUGCAGACUGUGAAAUCGCUACUACAAUGUUGAAAGUGUCAUUGAUAUGUCCGCUUGGAAAGAUGAGGAUGACAAUACCGUGCAGAGCAUCAACUUGCUCUCAUCUACAAUGCUUCGAUGCAUUAUUAUAUCUUCAAAUGAAUGAACGUAAACCGACAUGGAACUGUCCUGUUUGUGAUAAGCCCGCUGUAUAUGAAACUCUCGUAAUUGAUGGAUAUUUCCAAGAAGUGUUAGUGUCUCCACUGUUAACUGGUGACGAUAAUGAAAUUCAACUGCAUAAAGAUGGUUCGUGGAGUACGCAUGUGAUGCGCAGUGAAAGUCAAGUGUUGGAUACGCCCAGCAAACAUGUUCAUCACAAAGUUGAAGUCAUUUCGGAUGACUUAGAAGUAAUAACAACGGAACCUGAUCAGAAGAUCAUUCCCAAAUCGCUAGCAAGCAUUAAUCAACAACCAUCUAGCACUGAACCCAGUUCCACAAAUAACGAACCCACAUCUACAACUACCAGUGAUACGGUGGAUUUAACGUUAAGUGAUUCCGACGAUGAUUUACCGUUAAAACGUAAAACAACAACCAAAGCACCAACAUCGGUUGGCAACGGACAACAAAAAACAUCGGCAGUGACGUCGACGAAAACAAAACAAAACGCGAUAACUGUUUAUUUCAAGCAACAAUUGAAAAGCGGAAAGAAAUGAUGUUUAGAGACAUAAGUUCAUGUAAUUAGAUAAAAGAUAACGGAAAUUUUACAAUCAUUCAACGAGGACAAACAUCUUCAGGAGCUUUUUCUGUAUUUCACGAUUUCUAGAGUUAUGUAGUCGUAUGCUAUCUCGAAUUUUUCAUUUAUCUGACGAUCUGAUAUGACGCUCCAAAAGGAGGAGUUCUUGGGACAUCGAAUUAUUUAGAGAAAAUAUUAUAGAACUUGCAAAUCAUCUAGAUCGCUGCUUUGCGAUGAAUAGAUUUGAAACGGAGGAUUUUUUUUUUUAUUUUUCAAUGCAAUUUCUGACAAAAAUGCAGGCUUGUAUCUCAAUCUUACUGAAUAGCUAUGCUUUUGUUUUGCAAUCACUUUCUUUGAGUGGAAAAGCGAAAGAAUACCCCACUCACAUGAAGGUGAAGUUUUGUCGAUUUGAUGUCAUUAUGGCACUUGAAAUCAAUUGUCGAAUAGCGAAUGGAUAAAUUACGACGCGAUGGAAAAGUACUUGCAUCACAUAAUCGAAUUUUGCGGAACAGUACGAUAGAAAAAAUAUAAUAAAGUGAAAGGACGUUUAGUUUUUGUAUCUGCGGUUUUUUUUUUUAACACAUUCCCGAGCACGUGCGGCAAGAGGUGCUGCAUUGCUAAAUCUACUUUACAGCCGUGUGUUGCAUUUGGAGCCGCAUGGAAAUUUUAUAAAAGAACGGUUUAAUAUAUAUUGUACACAAACAUAUCAUAGAUAAAAAAGUGAGGAUCAUAUUUGUUGUAAUCACUUACGACCAUUUGUGUCGUUCGUAAAAAAAAAUCAUUCGACUGUACAGUACAAAAGAUCAGAAAACACGGUUAAACCUAUCGAGAAGGAGGGAGAAAUAGGGUGAUUCCUCCCGAAUGGGUUUUUCGGUCGUUGCUUCGUUUCAAUUUAUGUUUAUAUAAUAAACUCGUAUUAUAUUUCUAUCUAAUGUUUUUAUUCUAAAAUCAAUAUUGGAGUUCAAAAAUAAUUUCUCUUUAGGGAUUGAGGAGUCCUAAGUCUGCAUCAAUUUAAUGUCGGACCGGACCAAAUGGAGAGCAACUCGCUCCCCCUUUUAUAGUCCACAGAUCUCCUUUUUUGGGGUUAACACCCAAAGUUCAAAAAUGAAAAGAGGUACGAAGGCGGCUA